CCAGCCAGCCACUCGUGGUUCAGCACCAGGCAAGUGACACCGGGCCUUGACACUCUCUUCUCCUUCUUACUUAAACGCACCACAAUGCCACGUAUAGAUAAUGAUAUUAAGUUAGACUUUAAGGAUGUCCUUCUGCGACCCAAAAGAUCUACUUUGAAGAGCCGUUCAGAAGUUGACCUAAACAGGACAAUCAUUUUCAGGAAUUCAAAGGUGACAUGGACGGGUAUUCCAAUCAUAGCAGCCAACAUGGACACUGUAGGCACCUUUGAGAUGGCCCAGACCCUAGCUAAGCACAAGUGUUUCACAACCAUCCAUAAGCACUACAGCAUUGAAGAAUGGAAGGAAUUUGGAGAGAACAACAAGAGUGUGCUGGAGUAUGUGGCUGCAUCAUCUGGUAUCUCCAAUACUGAUUGGGAUCGUCUUCAGCAAGUUCUGUCUUCAGUACCGGAGGUGAGAGCAAAGUGGGAACAUAUAUUUUUAUGUCUUAUAGGUACAGUACCCGAUAGUUAACAAAUGUUUUGGUGA